ACGUUUGGUUGAAUCGUCGUCGAGAAAAGAAAAAAACGGGAAUUUACUCGCGUACGGUUUCAAGUGCAAAUUUAAGCGUAAUCCGGGCCACUUCCGGCCCCGAACCGUGCUACGUCAGUUGGACGGAAGUCCCGCGCGUCGAUUGGUGAUUGUGGAAGGUGGAUUACGGCAGGGGAAAGAUCGGUGAAGCGCCAGCCCAGCCCAACCCAGCAGUUUCUUGCGGCAGCAACCCAACAACCACGUCUCUACUAAACUCAAACCCAACGUUAGUCAGUGUGGAUCAUAUUGUGUAGAGCACUAGUUUGGGAAAUAAAAUAAAAACAUACCCACUACCUAGUGCUGUGUGUGAAGCAAGAAGAGGCAAAAUAAAACUAGAUUCGUCCGUGAACAAUGCUCUUCGCAGCAACAACAGCAACCCCCUCGAAGUGCUCAAACGUAUUGAUGGUCGUCGUAGCUCCGGUGGCCAACCGCAGCAGCAGCAGCAACUCGUCGCUGAGAAAGUAGUGUUGUAAUGUAUUUAGUGAAAUUUCAACGCGAUCGUCGUGUGGAAGUUUGUUGCCUUGAACAGCAAGAGCACCACUGUUGAGGAGACCCUGACUGGAAGAGAGUGAAGAGAAGGGGGUGAGGAAAUCCUUUCGAUUGUUUUGGUUCUGCGGGGAGGAACCCGGAAAAUUCGGGAUUGAGUUUGACAUACGAGGGCAAGCAAGCAGCCAGUUUACUUCCGGGAUAUCGAGUUUUGGCUGGCUCGAGGGUGAGGAGGAGCAGACGACGGCGACGAGAUGAUUGUGCAGGAACCUGUGCAGGCCGCAAUAUGGCACUGCCUGAACCAUUACGACUACCAGGAUGCCAUCUUCCUGGCGGAACGCCUCUGUGCGGAAGUGGAAUCCGAGGAGAGUCUGUUCCUGUUGGCGACCUGCUACUACCGGGCCGGCCAGAAACACCAGGCCCACUGGCUGCUGUCGACGAAGAGCGUCCGCUCGACGCAGUGCCGGUUCCUGCUGUCCAAGUGUGCCUUCGAUCUGAAGCAAUAUUCCGAGGCGGAGCACACGCUGAUCAACGAUGACCACCUGCGGGCUCGGCACCUGGACGAGGUCGCGAAGGAGUUUGGCGAGAUUGGCUGCUUCGCGUUGGAGCUGCUGUCGAAGAUUUGUCUCAAGACUGAGCAGGCAAAGCUGGCGAACGAUGCCAGCCGGAGGGCGGUCAAGCUGAACCCGUUUAUGUGGCAAUCGUUUGCCGAUCUGUGCAACCGGGGUGAAAAGCCCGACCCGGCCGCGGUCUUCCAGCUGUCCAGUACGGAUGUAUUUGCGACUAGCCAAGCGCCUCAUCCGGCACUCAACUCGUCGGUCAUGUGGUUCGGGAAUGCUGGCAGCGGUGGGGGAGGAGGAGGAGGAGGAGGGACAUUACUGGAAGAGUCACUUAUUGGAGGUGGCCUUGGCGGUCAUCCGUCUACGCCGAUCGAUCAGGUUUCACAGUGUCUGAUUCAGAACAUUAUCAAUACACCAAAUAAUCCUCCACAACAGCAACCUCAGUCCCAUCAGCAGAGCAGUAUAGCUAGCUUCAGGACGGCAUCGUCGACGAUGGCCACCGGAGGGAAUCUCAGUGACGAGCAGACGCCAAACGCCGACAUCGGAACGCCCUUCCGAAAGCAGCAGUUCAAAUAUCUGACCGCGUUGAGUCCGACGACGCCCAGCUUUGGCGUGCUUCCAAUCAUGCAUAGUCCGGCGACAAUCGGAGAUCAGUCGGCACUCAUAAUGACCCCCUCGCCGCAGCAGCUAUCCACGGCAACCGGUGGAACCUUCCAGCAGAUCGGAGGAUCGGCAGCGGCGAUAGGCGGCAGUCAACAGUCGCAACAGAUUAUUCCCGAAAGCGAACAGCAAAAAAUUGCCCUGCUGAGCAGCAACAAGAAGCUGCGUGGCCAUCACAACCUCGGAACGAUGGGCAACAUCAUCAACCGGAAAAACGACGCGACGGCGGCGACGAUGCUGCUGCAGUCGCAAAGUGCAAACACCAAACCGAUCUUGUUUAGCCAAACUGGCAACCAGCUGCCGACGCCGCGGACACCCAACACGACGGGUGGAGCCCUCCAGGCGCAGAAUGUCCGCCGAAGCUCGCGCCUCUUCAGCAACAGCAACUACUCCGUCAAGGAGAACACCAAAAGCCCCCAACUCAACAACAAAUUCGUUGCGCCCAGGUCACCUCCUCGCAAGUCCAAGCAGCGCAUAUCCAAAAACCUCAACAGCAGCACCAACAGUCUGCUGGAGAACGUCGUCGAACGGAAAGGAUCCACCGACGGCAAAGAAAAAAUCGAAACCAUCACGUCGAACGAGACGCUCAGCGAAAAAGUACUCUUCAACAACAGCAUCAACAGUGCCCAAAAGAUGGCCCAGCACGUGCUGGCCAUGAAGAAGCAGAGUGCCGACGGACUGAUGACCCUCCUUCGAGAACUCGGCCAGGGCUACCUCCGACUGCAGAGUUACGACUGCGACAAGGCCAUCGACGCCUUCUCCAACGUGUCCCCCCAUCACUACACCAGCAGCUGGGUCCAAAGUAUGAUCGCCCUGGCGUACCACGAGCAGCGUGACUACGAGUCGGCCGUCAACAUCUUCCGGGAGAUUCACGAGCGCGAACCGCACCGGCUGCAGUACAUGGAGAUUUACAGCACGGACCUGUGGCACCUGCAGAAGGACGUGGUGCUGUCGGCGCUGGCCCAAGAUCUGAUGGCCCAGGACAAGAACUCGCCCAUCACGUGGUGCGUGGCCGGGAACUGCUUUUCCGCCCACAAGGAGCACGAGACGGCCAUCAAGUUCUUCUUUCGUGCAAUACAGGUGGACGAGGACUUCCCGUACAGCUACACCCUGCUCGGCCAUGAGUUGGUCAUGACAGAGGAGCUGGAAAAGGCACUGUCGAUGUACCGGUACGCGAUCCUGCGGGAUCCACGCCACUACAACGCGUGGUUCGGCAUCGGAACGAUCUUCAGCAAGCAGGAGCGGUACGAGCUGGCCGAGUUGCACUACCGGAAGGCGUUGGCCAUCAACCCGCGGAAUUCGGUCAUUAUGGUGCACAUCGGAGCGACGCAGUUCUUCCUGCGCAAAAUGGACCAGGCGUUGCGGACGUUGAACGCGGCCAUCGCCCUCGAUCCGAAGAAUCCGCUGUGCAAGUUCCACCGGGGGUCGAUGUACUUUACGAUGGGUCGCUACCAGGAGGCGCUCCGGGAGUUGGAAGAGCUGAAGCAAAUCGUGCCAAAGGAAGCCGUCGUGUACUACGUCAUGGGCAAGAUCUACAAAAAGCUGGGCAACGUCGACCUGGCCCUGAUGCAUCUCAGCUGGGCAACCGAUCUCGGCUCGAAGGGAGCCAACAACCAGAUCAAGGACAACUUUGAUUCGAUCAUGCGAACGCAGGACGGAACGGCUGCGACGACGACGUCGGCGGCGGAAGGAACCGACGAGGAUGGGGCGGAAGCAGGCGCAAGCACCGGCCAAGGACUGAACGAGGCGGACAUUGGCAGCAGCAGUGCGGACCCGGACUAUUCGAUCGGCGGAGAGCAGGCCUCUAGCGACGACUCGACGGCUGCGGCGACCAACGCACGGAACGAGUCCCUCGACGUAAUUAGCGGUAAUCUGUACGACAGCGAUAGUUACUAAAAAAAACAAGUUCUGCGUGCGUGUGCGAGAUUUUAUUCCAAGUCUGCGCGAGAAAUAGCUUUGUGUUUAGUGCGAGAUUGUUGUGUUGGUAAAUGAAAAUAUAUCUAGCUUAAAACAGAACAGAACCUCUGGUCUGGUCCUCCCCCAUACAAUUCUUCGCGAUGCGUUGAUCGACUGACGUGGCAGAACUAAACAUUAGUGUAGAGUAAUUGAAUUGUCGCUCCCCCACAGAAAACACCCCCCGGAAACAUACACAACUUAAGCUUAGCCCACCACAGUAAAAAAAGAGCAACCAAAAGCGGUAUCGAACAAAACAGAAACAAGUUUUUGAACAACCAAUUCAGGAGAAACUUACUAAAAAACAACUAUCGUAAUAUAGAAACCGAAACAAAUUAGAAAUCAACGGAUGAAAUAGUCAUUGUGAAGGAAAAAAAGAAAUACACACACAAACACACCUCAAAUUUGAAUUAAAUCUGUAUGUGUUGAAGCGUUGUAGUGUUUCACUUUCGUAAAACAAAAAUAA